UUGGGGGUGGUGAUUGGGAGGUAGGUUUUGAUUUUGAAAUUUUGCAUAUUUUCCUUCUCUCUCUUUUUUCUUAAACUGAAAGAGGAUGCACAGGAGGCGAAAUUGAACAUUUUUUUUUGUUGGCUUUUGUUUACCUGGCGUGUGUGGCAACCGGCUCGCUCCCUCUCUCUGCUUGCUAUCCCUGACCUUUCUUUCUUUUUGCUCCUUUUCAAAAAAAUAUUAAUUUCCCCCUUCUGUGCAAUGGAGCGUGGAGGGGGGAGGAGGGGGAAGGGUUUGAGAAUCCACCCAAGCCCGGCCCCUAUUCCCCAGAACACCAAUAAUAACCCCCUUUAAAACAUUUACCUUCCUCCCCUGCUCCUCCCCCUCCCCCCUCCCCCCACCCGCCCCCAACUCACAACUCUGUUGAGUCCAGAAGCUCAGAAUCGGGCGUUGGGCUUUGCCGGGUGCUUCAGAUCAAUGGAUGAGUUCCACCCGUUCAUCGAGGCGCUGCUGCCUCACGUCCGCGCCUUCUCCUACACCUGGUUCAACCUGCAGGCCCGGAAGCGCAAGUACUUCAAGAAGCACGAGAAGCGGAUGUCGAAGGACGAGGAGCGCGCGGUGAAGGACGAGCUGCUGGGCGAGAAGCCCGAGAUCAAGCAGAAGUGGGCAUCCCGGCUGCUGGCCAAGCUGCGCAAAGACAUCCGGCCCGAGUUCCGAGAGGACUUUGUGCUGACCAUCACGGGCAAGAAGCCCCCCUGCUGCGUGCUCUCCAACCCCGACCAGAAGGGCAAGAUCCGGCGGAUUGACUGCCUGCGCCAGGCCGACAAGGUGUGGCGGCUGGACCUGGUCAUGGUGAUUUUGUUUAAGGGGAUCCCCCUGGAAAGUACUGAUGGGGAGCGGCUCUACAAGUCGCCCCAGUGCUCGAACCCCGGCCUCUGCGUCCAGCCACAUCACAUUGGAGUCACAAUCAAAGAACUAGAUCUUUAUCUGGCUUACUUUGUCCACACUCCAGAAUCCGGACAAUCAGAUAGUUCAAACCAGCAAGGAGAUGCGGACAUCAAACCACUGCCCAACGGGCACUUAAGUUUCCAGGACUGUUUUGUGACUUCCGGGGUCUGGAAUGUGACGGAGCUGGUGAGAGUAUCACAGACUCCUGUUGCCACAGCAUCAGGGCCCAACUUCUCACUGGCGGACCUGGAGAGUCCCAGCUACUACAACAUAAACCAGGUGACCCUGGGGCGGCGGUCCAUCACCUCCCCUCCUUCCACCAGCACCACCAAGCGCCCCAAGUCCAUCGAUGACAGCGAGAUGGAGAGCCCCGUCGAUGAUGUCUUCUAUCCUGGCACAGGCCGCUCCCCAGCAGCUGGCAGCAGCCAGUCCAGUGGGUGGCCCAACGAUGUGGAUGCAGGCCCGGCUUCUCUAAAGAAGUCAGGAAAGCUGGACUUCUGCAGUGCCCUCUCCUCUCAGGGCAGCUCCCCGCGCAUGGCUUUCACUCACCACCCGCUGCCUGUGCUUGCUGGAGUCAGACCAGGGAGCCCUCGGGCCACAGCAUCAGCGCUGCACUUCCCCUCCACGUCCAUCAUCCAGCAGUCGAGCCCGUAUUUCACGCACCCGACCAUCCGCUACCACCACCACCACGGGCAGGACUCGCUGAAGGAGUUUGUGCAGUUUGUGUGCUCGGACGGCUCGGGCCAGGCUACCGGACAGCCCAACGGUAGCGGCCAGGGCAAAGUCCCGGGGUCAUUUUUGCUACCGCCGCCGCCUCCAGUGGCCAGACCUGUGCCCCUUCCUAUGCCUGAUUCCAAAUCCACCAGCACUGCCCCAGACGGCGCCGCCUUGACUCCUCCAUCACCUUCAUUCGCAACGACAGGCGCCUCCUCUGCCAACCGGUUUGUCAGCAUCGGACCCCGGGACGGCAACUUUCUGAACAUCCCACAGCAGUCUCAGUCCUGGUUCCUCUGAUAAGAUCGACAGAAGAAAUGACAAAAUGUAAAGAAGAGGUUCCUCAAACGGGGGGAGAAGAAAUUUUGAGACGUGGAAAAAUCCCCCAGCCCAGCCCCACCGAAAAAGCAAAAAUUAGACGUCGUCAGCCACUCAGCCCUUCUCUCCUCCAGCCCGGGGACCCCUGCAGGCCCCCAGAAGCAGCCCAGUUCUCGGAGAGCCCUCAGAAGAGGUCUCGGUGGAGCUGUGCACCAGCAGCCAAGCAGAAAGAAACAUGCAAAACGGACUCUGUUAAGUAGAGGACAGAAAGAAAGAAAGGAUGCGGCAGAACUGCCUUUCUCCCCUCCCUACCCCGCCCCAACCUUCCGGGGAAGGAACAAAAUCAACCCAGCAAAGCAACCAGCACGGUUCUAAAGGGCCUCUCCUCCACCGUCACCCUUCCUAGGGGAACCCCACCCCCAACUCAGUCCGGGAGCUUCACUAGGGAGCUCAGAGGACAAGCUUGUACAAAUGACGGGGUGCAGAUCCAGAGGGUUCUCCCUCCAGACUCUGCCUCCUCCCUGCCUGUCUCCCUCUCUCCCAACCCCCUCCCCACCCCCACUGCCUUGGCCUCUGGCUUCUCCCCGCCCCCCCCCGCCCCCCACCCCCCACCCCCAGCUGCUUUGGACUAGGUGAGGCACGGUGGCUUCCAGGUUUCCCUGCCCUACCUUUGGGCUAGAAGGCCCCCCCUCCCGCCGGGGCGGCCAGGAAGCGUCCUCUGGAGCUAGCUUCUUGCUCCUGGAAUGGAGGGCGUUCUGCCACUCCACCCUGAGCUUCGGGGGUAGUUUCAGGGCCCCAGACUUCUCUGUACAGUCCACAGGAAAAAGUCGGAAUGCUACAACAGCCUGUCCCAGCCUGGGACAGGCCCCCUCUUCCCUCCUCUCUGCAGGCCAGGAAAAUCACUCUCUUGCCACGCCACAAGUGAGGGGAGGCGGGCCCUAGGUCGCCCCCACACCCCAGCCCCGCAUGCAGGUGCCCUCGCUCCGCCCCACCGGUCCCUGCCCCUGCCCCUCACACAGACAGCCCUGCUGUGGCCGGGGCCGGAGAGUGGAGCAGAAAGGGGACCCCGGAGCCGAGCGAGGAGGACGAGGCAGCCGCCACUGCCAUUGGCUAAGCCGCCACCUGCGCUAGGUAGGCGUCCUGCUCGCCGACUUUCAGUUCCUUUGGAGGGUGUUGGGUGUUGUCCUUUUUCAAAAGUGUUUUGGAGCUUUCUCUGUCCGCCCCCCCCCCCCAGCCCCACUUUCUCCACCACAUGGGCCUCCUGGCCACUUCUCUCUGGAUUUCAGCUGUAAUGUCUUUACUCUUUAUUUAGGGGUGGGGCAUUCAUCGUUUGGGUUUUUUGCUGUUGCAAUUGGGAACUCCUCCAUUUGAGCAACUUGGGAACAAUUUGGUAACACACGACAGGAAGUAGCUCUCCUCUCCCCCUCCCUGCAGCCCCUUCCUCCUCCCAAGGGAUGGAUGGGGGCCUGUCCAGAGGGUCUUCAGAAGCCCCCUGGGAGGGAGGGAAGCAAGAGCAUGCCCAGCCCCCCCUCCAGGGUGUGACUUGGCCCCUCUGGCUUGUCUUUCUGUGCCUUACUCCCUCCUCCCUGCAUCUCCCUUCCUAGGCCCCCUUCUCGAGUCCUCGUGCCUCUCUCUCUUUCUUAACUGUAUGAAAACACAAAGCACAGGUCAGGAUCCUCUGAAAGUCAGUCAACCCAACAUUGCACCGCAGGGGCGGGUUGUGGGCUUUAUUUAUUGUGAAUCUAGUUUGCGAGGCUGUGGCCCCAGCAGGGAGGGAGGGAAGGAGGGGAGGGAGCUGGCUGGGGAGGCAAGGAGGGCCCUUACCUGGGGCAGAAGGGGCCAGCGCGCCGUGCGGUGCGGUCCUCGACUGGAAGCCACAAGGCGGCUGGCCCCAGGAGUGGCUUUUGUUGGAAGUUGAGCGAAGGCCCUCCCCCCAUCCGCGUGCAGCCCUCGGGGAAGACCGGGACUGAGAAGCAGGGGACAGGGGAUCCCACGGGAGCCUGGGGUGGGGGGCGUGGGGAGUAGGGCGGGGGGUGGGGGGGCCGGGUGGGCCGGGCGUGACGCGCGGUCAAAGUGCAAUGAUUUUUCAGUUUGGUUGGCUAAACAGGGUCAGAGCUGAGAGGGGAGCGGAAGGGACCCCCUGCCCGGCCGCACGCGCCCCUUCCCUCGAAGACAAUCGGGGCCGCGGGCGCGGUGGGCCCGCGGGAGCCGGGGUCGGCGGGGCGCCCGCCCGGGCGAGGUCGGAAGCUGCAGGCCAGCUGGGCCGGGGCGGGAGCGCGCCCGGCGGGGCUGCCCGGGCGGGCAGGGGUGGGGUGGGGGUGGGGGGCCGCUCCUUUCCCAAGUGUCGUUGUGAGGGGCAGGCGAGGGGCUACGAGGGCGACAGGAGAUGUGGGGACGUGUUAGAAGAGAAAAAAAAAACCCACAAAAAAUAUAUAUGGGGGAAAUGAACUUUUUUUUUUUUUUCAUUGAACCAAGUGCAAUGCAUCAGAGAGUUUUCCUAUCUUUGUAUGUUAAGAGAUUGUUAAGAAAAAUUCUAUUUUUGUUGUAAUGUCCUCGCGGCUCUGGGGACGCUAAAAGAACUGGGCCCGCCCCGCCCUGCGCGGGGAUAACGAAAGCUGAGUGUUUUUUCCUUUUUUUUUUUUUUUUUUGUUCGUUUUAAGUUUUUUUUUUUUUUUUUUAAGUCGUUUUCCUGCGUUGACGAGGAUGAUCUGGGGUUUUUAUUUGUUUCGUCGUUCGUUCUCGGUUUCGGUGGGAGGGCUGAAGGAAACGUUCACAUUUUAGAGUUUAAAAAAAAAAACACCUCGACACUAAAAAAAAAAAAAAAAAAACAAGAUCAAAAAGGAAAA